AUGGCUGAACAGGAAAACAACUGCAAACGGCCGGCGACUCACCCUCCGGAGUUAACUGCGGCGAAGAGGCGGACGGUGCUGAGCGAUCUCACCAAUUUUGCCAGGAAAACUAUAACCAAGAAGAAGACUGAGAUAAAGAUGACGCACAACACCAAUCACCUGUCUUCUUUUUCUUUCAUGUACAACCAUCUUCAUGCCUUGGAGAUGGAGGUGAAUAGGAGGCCAUUGCCCAAUUAUAUGGAGACAGUUCAGACAGAUCUUACAAGCAAUAUGCGCAGAAUUCUGGUGGAUUGGUUAGCGGAGGUUGUUAAUGGAUGCAAGUCUGUUCCCGAUACCCUUCAUCUUGCUGUUUCUUGCCUUGAUCGCUUCCUCUCUGCUCGUCCUAUCAAACGGAAUCACCUCCAGCUUCUUGGUGUUUCUUGCUUGCUUAUUGCCGCGAAACGUGAAGAGAUUAAUAUUCCACAUGUGGAAGGCUUCUGCUUCAUGACAGAUAACGCUUAUACCCCCAGAGAGGUUAUGGAUAUGGAGGGUGAGGUCCUCAGAACCUUGAACCCUGACUUGGGCAAUCCAACCGCUAAAACAUUUCUCAGGCAAGAAAUUAAAUGUUUCUCAUUACAAUUGGAGUUGUUGGCUUAUUAUCUACUGGAGCUAUGCCUGUUGGAAUAUGAGUGCAUUAAAUUCUUACCAUCAGUGGCUGCAGCAUCGGCUGUAUUUCUAUCCAGGUUCAUAAUUGAACCAAGGAAGCAUCCAUGGAACCUACUGUUACAACGCAAAACCGGUUAUAAGCCAUGUGACCUGAAGGAAUGUGUCCUUGCCAUACAUGCGGUGCACUCGACAAUCAAAGAAAGUCCUUUACGAGGGAUACGAGAAAAAUAC